UCCCAGCCCACGAACGGCCGGGGAGCAGCCGGUGCCGACUCUUCCCCAUCAGAGGAGGCGGGUUCUGGGCGGGCCGAGGCCGGGAGGAGGCGGGAGCCCUGCACUUUGGAGGUUGGGGCCCGGGACGCCGCUCGGCGGGACGGAGCUCCGGGACGUACCGCUGGAUUGUGGGAUCCUCCUUUUCCAGCUCUUCCCCCUUCCCUUCCGGUCCUAUCUGUGUGUAUGUGUCUACGUGCGUGCGUGUGUGUGUAUAUAUAUAAUAAUAUAUAUAUGUCCGUUUGUUUGCUGGAAGAUGGUGGAAGCGGGAAGGGAGCUGGUGCCAGAACCAGGUUUCCCUCCGUGUUUCCCGCUGCUGAGCCGUGUCAGAGGGACGAUUCCGGGGAGGAAAGGAGACGAGGGGCGUCAGCCCGGCCGGGGCGCGCAGCGGGGCCGCCUGUAGCGUCAGCGCUAGAGCUUUCAAUCACUCCUCACUUCCCAACGAGACACUGCUGUUUGGGAACCUGUUGCUGCUAUAGAAGAAACGGGAAUCUCUUUCCCAGGAGAGCACCCUCCCUCUGCCCUGAGAGCGGCUGUCGCUGUCCUCGCUGCGGGAAGGGGGAUCGGGUGGGGGUCUCCACGCCGGGGGGCUCUGUCCUUGCACACACAAUCCAGGUGUCCUGGCACCAUCGGCCCCCCCCGCGGUGGCUCCCGUGGACGAGGCUGGGAACGGGAAACGGGCGCUUGUUUGCGAGAAGAGGGUUGAAGGGUCUGCCCGGGCGAGGGAGGCGUGACCCGGGCACCUCUCUUUGGAGUCCUCUAAACACAAUUCAUUAUUUAAAUCUUAAAUCCCAGUGGGAAAGUAAACAACCUUCCACUCGUGUCCCUGCCCCAGCUGAGGGAGGGUGUGCGGGAUGCGGGGCCGCGUUUGGGGCAGGGUGUGUGUCGGGGCAGGGUGUGUGUCAGGGCAGGGUGUGUGUCAGGGCAGGGUGUGUGUCAGGGUGGGCACACGCAGCCCCUCCUCCUGCUGCCGAGACUCGCACUUUAAUGAGAAUGUCCCGACCAGCCCCUCGGAUCCCGGGGGGUUCCUGGGCUCGGCCCCUCGCAGGGCACCACUGCUGGGCUCUGCCCCCUUCCCCAGCCCGUGCCCAGUGCUCCAGAGAGGAGCAUCCUGCCUGAGGAUUUUGGAAAGCCCUACAAUACAUCGUGGAUUCCCCUUCUCCCUCCUGUCCCGAUCUGAGUCGCUUUUAAGGUCACCUCAUUAAAGUGUGAAUCUCCUGAGUAUCUGUUUUUUAACGAGUGGUGGGUUCUCGUCCCUUCCCUGUUCCCCGGAGCCCGCUCAGCGCGGCGGGGCCAGGAGGAGACACGGAUCCUGCUUCCAGGGCAUCGCCCCGACAAAGGUCCUGCUUCUCUGGUGAUGUUCUCAAGAACAAACCAAUCCUGCUGGAGUAUCAGAGAGUUUUAAAUACAAAAGCUCAACAAUCUAAGAAACCUUGGGAAAGGAGGGCUUCCCUUCCCUUCCCUGGAAUGUCGCAAUGGCGUGAUCCAACGCGGGUAUCGCGCAGAGAAAACCAUCGGGAAUGUUUGUGAGGUCUGAGGGGGAAAGAAGCACCAGGGUGUUCUGUUGUUGGCUGUGAACUCCCCACACCCUUUGCAGAAGGAGCGUUGGGGCUGCGGUGGCACAAGCUGAGGAUUCCCAAGACAAACUGGGAUGUGGGGGGGGGUUCAGCGGAGCGGCCGGUGUGUCCUCACGGGACGGGCUCCGGGAACGGGGCGUCUGGGCACCUCCCCGGGGACGGGCUCCAAGGGCUUCUCAGACCAUCAGGAGGGAGGAGAAGCCACCGAUGGGUUCUGUGGGGGAGUCAAUCUCAAACGUUUGUUCCCAAAGCAGCGCGGCCGACGGCCGGAGCUCCCCGUGGGGCUGGGGGGGGG